AUGCCCAACAUGAACCAAGACUUAUGGUGGUCCUCAUCCCCCAGUGCCACAGGCUGGUCCUCCCAGUUACACCCUCUCUCCGAAUUACCCGACAUGCCCGUCCCCAGACCCACAGAGGACAUACACAUCGCCCUGCUAGGUGCACAAGACACAGGAAAGACGAAGCUGCAGCUACGCUACACCCUCCGGCAGUUCGUCGGCGUGGAAGGAACUCAAAUGGCGUGUCUGCUGGGCGGUCGCAAGCACGUCAGCCUCGCUGAUGGGACGGACGUACACCUCGUCCUACACGAGUUGCUUCCCUUCCGAGGAGAACGACGACAACGAGGAGGACGAGGUAGAACGACGGAUGCGAGGCUGUUGGAGCAGGUGGACGCGGUGAUGCUCAUUUUCGAUCCUUCGUCUAGGGCGUCGUUUGAGUGGAUCGUUGACGGGUGGGCUCGCGAGGAUGCGGUGCGCUUGGGCAACAAACAACAGGUCAUUUACGAUGACGCCGUCGGACAACUUGCUGAUGAGUCGCGUCCUGCGGUGAUGCUGGACUCCUUCUCCAAGACAUUGCCAACCCCGCCUGAUGAUGACGCUGGGGGAAAGUACAGAGCCGACGAAGUUGAGAAAACCGUGAAGCAUGACAGCGUCAUGGCCUCGCAGUCUACCUCGAGAAGCUCGAGCAUAUACAGCCAGACAACACCCCCUGUCCCCGUUACCACGGUCGACACACAGCGUGAGCUCGAAGUUGCUUAUACACUUACGAAGCUCACGAACCCAGACGAUGGCGACGAUAACAAUACCAGCAGCCGAGACCCAACUAUUCCUUGGAGUGAUAGUAUACCGCUCCAACCACACCAGGUAUCUGAGCUGCCAGUGCUGGUCAUCGCCACCCAGGCCGACAAACUGAAAGACCACGGCGGGCCGCUGGAGAGACAGGUCACGGCAGAAGAAGCCCAGAGGCUAGCUCACAGCUUGGGCCCCAGUGGCUGCGGCGGCGACGCAUACAUCGAGGUCUCGGCCAAGACGGGCGCCAACAUCGACGAGGCGUAUGGGCUCAUCGUCGAGAGGGUCCUGGCGAAGCGUCGGGAGCGCCAGGAAGCUGCUGCUGCUGCUGCUGCUGCCACUACCAACCACGCCGCUGGUCUUGGGGAUGUACAGGCGAAGGAGGAAGGACGGCAUAUGGGGGUGGCGGGUGUGCAAAAAAGGACCAAGGCUAAAAGGAGGUCGUGCGUGCCGCCUUGCUGGGCUGAAAGGUGGCGUGGUGUGGUGGCUGGCUUGCCGUCGUGGCGGAACGUCUCGGGGGUGCUGUCGAGGCUGUUCACGACAGGCGGCGCUGGUGCUGGGUUGGGUGAUGUUCAUGUCGACGUGUCAAGGGUUGAGGACGUGUGGUGGGAUAAGAAAACCACAGUGAGAAGUCCCAGGAGGAUACAUCUGUCCAGGGACAAUUCUGGUCGCUUGAGGAGCAGAUACGAGUCCGAGCUGCCUCUGGCGCCACCGCGGCGGGGCAUGUCUCUCGAGAGGAGGCAUAAGAGGGCGAGCACAAUGCUCAGCGCACGGAGCAUACCACAUGAGCCUGCGAAGAGCAACCCUCCUCCUCCUCCUCCUCGUCGUCGUCCCGAUGCUAUCACCAAGUCGACAGAACUAGAAAGGCUCGAGGAAGCGAGAAAAGACAGCCUCACAAUCCCACCAGCACUCCUCCAGAUGCCGACGGCCCUGGAGAGAAGGGAGCAGCCCGCUUUCCUCGCGAGCCCGCUGCGUGGUCCUUCCAACGCGUCUGCAGGUGGCGGCCUGGGCCGCCUGGCCAGGAGCUCGCUUGCCCUCCGCAGGGCAGCCAGGCUGAUGGAGGCCAAGCCCAGGUUCACCAUGAUCGACAUACCCGUCGUCAAAAACACCGACAACACCAAGUGUGCAGUUCGCGGCACCACCACAGUGAUCCAGCUCCCAGAGUCGCCCUUGUCCUCGCAUCCUCUGCCUCCUCCUCUCCCUCAGUAUGCCCCUCGCCAUUUUCAGACGAACAAACACCGCAGCGGCGGACGACAAGUACCACUCUCCCACCAGAACAGUCAUGAGUCCACACCGCGUUUCCUCUUAGAGCCCGCCGCCGCCAUAGUCUCGUGGCUUGACUGCCUGCGAGAAAUUGGAAAUUCUCUAGACAUUGCGAUGCAAUGA